UGUCUCUGCCAUCAUGUCUAACAUUCAUGUCAUUCAGUGAUAGCUAUACUAGUCAGUGAUGUUACUUCUAACUUCAAUUUUGUAUUGAUCUUCAAACACCAUCGAUGCCUUCUCCCGUGUAAUGAUAAUAAUGUUUACAGCUCGAAGCUUCAUCAUCUUUUUGUCUCCUUUAAGGAAGUUUUAGUGCGGUGUUUUAGUAAGUUUUUUACCGUCGAAGGAUUAUUAUCUUGAAUAUGCUUAAGCUACAAAGAUGUUUUGGCGGAUAAAUUUGCUGGAUAAGACAUUUGGACAACAUAACACCUAGGCGUGAUAUAUAAUUUUUCAUUACUUGGGCAAUUUUAAGAGGAAAAAGGUUACCAUGACGACCGUAUCAGGGUCCACCGAGGAGUUUCCCACCGAGAAGAAGAAACCUGGUGAUAUAUCUGCAACAUUUGUUGAUAAAGAAAAAGCUGCAAAGUUUUACACCGAAGAAUCGAACAGUGAUGCAGAUGAAGUGACCUUGGUUAUCGAGACAGUUGAUGUUUUAAGUAAACAAAGCAUAUUGUUGCUAAACUGUGCGUGGUAUGGACUCAGUCUAAUGUUUUUGUUGAUGUCUGUUGAAGUUGUACCGGCUCAAAUACAAUCUUUGGUAGGUCCUGCAGCUAAAGGGCGAUGGCUUGGUGGUAUGGUUGCUUGCGGGGCUGCCGUGACGUUUUUUGUCUCUCCAAUUAUUGGCAUGCAGAGUGACAGGUCAACAUUUAAGUAUGGAAAACGACGUCCAUUGAUGUUUCUAGCAACAAUUACGUUAUGCAUUGGUCUAAUUGGAAUGGCUGUAACGGCACCGGAAAUUUCAAUGGCGCAGUUAAACCGAGGAACAAGCGGGAAUGAAACUGGAAAGGUAAAAGUACAAUUGCAAUGGAAUUGAUGAAUUAUGUUUUACACUAAUAAUAAAAAACAUUACGGAG